CAACAGACGAACAAACAAUCAACAAUAAAAUUACAAACAAUAUCGCAACAAUAUGUAGUACAAAAAGCUUUGCUUUGGCAUUUCCAAUUAAAUUGCAAAAUCAAUUUUCGCCCCCGAAAAUUAGCAUAUUUACAUUCGUAAGUGUGUUCGCAAAACAUUUGCAUAUUUUUAAUGUACAAUGCACCGAAAAUGUGAGGAGCGAAGUGCCCGGAGUUACAUAGGUCAACAGGUGCAAACAGUGUGGUCUACGAUGUGCGACACGAUCAUCUCUCCCGCUUUCUGGACUUUGCCAACUUUGUUGCUUUGAUCGCUGGACACAUACUUGUGGCUCUGGAUUUAAUUUGGAGAAAUUGCAGUGAGCACAUUAAGCAGCAAUUUCAACAGAUUCGAUAUGAACUGCGACACCAAUUUGGACAUAAAGUGAAUUUGCAACGCAUCAAAAACUAUUGCAAACUAAUCAAUAGAUUAAUAAUUAUACGAAUUAUGCUGCUGCUGGCAACUUCAAUUUACAAUUGUGUUGUGGACAAAAAUCCCUCGGUUCCACUCAUCUGCAACUUUUACUCUGAGGUAAUUUUUACACUCCGCUGUGGCGAAUUUACUUUACAUUCAACAUUGGUCUUGGCCUUCUACAAGGAAUUGGUUGAGGCGGGCAAAGAAUUUGCUCAAAAGCUGAAUAUUGAGUGGAAGAAAACGUCAACUGAUCAUGAAUUGUUUAUUAAACAACUUUCGCGACUGCAACACAUGCAUCAAUCCCUGUGGCAGAUACAACGCGACAUCGAAUGCAACUUUGAGCGAAGCCUCACUGUAGUUAUGCUCAAGUAUUUUGUGGACUCUUCUGUGAUGCCUUAUUGGGUGUACCUCAAUAUAUUUCACAACAAAGAUUAUAUUGGAUUGCAAUUGUAUGGCGUUGCUGAGGAGCUAGGAAAACUGUUGGAGAUCUGCGUUCCCUGCUGGAUUUAUACACGUUGUGAUCAGCUGCAACUGCAUUUUCGUUCCCUAUUUCAUGGCAUCUUUGCCAAUCGUUUUCAUGAGAAACUAAACUCUGGUCUGCUGAGCAUAUCAACUCAAUUGGGUCAAGAACGAAGUCAGUUUAGCAUUGGCGGCUUCUUCAUGCUCAACAACAAAAUGCUGGGCAAGUUCAUUUUUGCCGUCGUAAGCUACUUCAUAAUUUUUCUGCAGUUUCGCUUGGCUAUGAACAAAAAGGAAGAAGCAGUCAUGGAACACAUUUUCAACUCUUCAAUAAUCUACUCUGAAUAAGUAGCAACAAACUUAAAUGAAUAAAUAUACUUCACAGUAAUUCAAUUAAUGCCAAUUGACUUGUAAUCAAAUUGUUUGGCAUCAAGCAAUUUGCUAAUUGAUCAGCCAUUGCCACCAUUCGAAUUUACUGUCUCUCAGUCAUGUGGCAUGUGCCAGGUGAAUUGCACAACGUCUCGUUGCGCUUCAUGCGCCACUUGAUGCACCUGCUGCUGUUGCUGCCACCGCAACCGGAACUCGGCUGGAAGAUACUCUACAACACCGUUCUCUUCAUCUACAUCUUGAGCAUCUUUCGAUGGCGUUUCGCCUUCAAUUACGAAGUCAUCUUCGAUGCCGUUAACGAUGAUGUCUCACGUGUGCUCGACUUGAUCAACUUUGUGGCUCUCAUUGUGGGACACUCUGUGAUGGCCACGGAGCUGCUCUGGCGGAAUCUUAGCGAUCAGAUUGAGCAACAGUUCCAGCAAAUUCGCUACGUGCUGCGCAUUCAGUUUGGACAUAAAGUGAAGCUUAAAAGGAUUAAAAGAUACUGCAAUAUCAUCUAUAAAAUCAUUGCUAUUCGAUUUUCCAUUUUGUUUUCUAUAACAAUUUUUAAUUGUAUUUCCACCAAUACUUUUCUACUGCUCAUUUGUCAUCUGUACUCUGAGCUUGUGUUUACUCUACGUUGCAUGGAGUUCAGUUUGCAUGCGACGCUUGUUUUGGGUUUCUACAAGGAACUCAACGAUGUGGGAAAUGAUAUCGUUAUGAGACUUUCAAAUAAUUUUUUGGCAUCGGAGUUAAACUUGCAGGUGCAACGUUUGGCUGUUCUGCAACAAUUGCAUCAGCUGCUCUGGAAAACUCAUCGCGACAUCGAGACGAACUUUGAGCGCAGCUUAAUCAUGGUCAUGAUGAAGUGUUUUGUGGAUAGCUCAGUGAUGCCUUACUGGUUGUAUCUCAACAGCACUAGAACCAACGCCCUUGCAAUGCAGUUGUACACUGCAACGGAGGAAUUUGGAAAGCUGCUAGAGAUUUGUAUUCCAUGUUGGAUCUGCACUCGUUGCGAUCUUCUGCAACGCAAAUUUCACUCGCUUUUUCAUGGUGUCACCCGAAAUCGUUUAAGAUACGAAAUAAACUCUGCACUGCUUAAAGUAUCUACUCAAUUGUCCCAAGAGAAGAGCCAGUUUAAUAUUGGAGGAUAUCUAACACUCAACAAUAAAAUGCUGGGCAAGUUUCUUUUUGGCAUGAUAAGCUACUUCAUCAUUUGCAUGCAGUUCAGAAUUAUGUUCAUGGGCAAAAGCCAAGCACAAGGGGUCAUCAAUCUAGCCUUGCUGUGCCAAAAUGCUUCGCUGCAUUAA